AUGGCCGACAACAACCAACCAAUUGAACCGAAGGUAUCAUGUCCACAGGAAACUCUCAAGGAUGUUGAGCUAGGAGAUCUCGAUGUGCAAUCGCUUACUCUGGAGGAGGACAAGAGGAUUCUGCGCCGGAUUGACCUCUACCUUCUCCCAAUGAUGGCGGUUUCAUACAUGUUCCAAUUUCUUGACAAGUCGGCUAUGAGUUUCACAUCCAUUUUGGGUUUGACCGAUGAUCUGCAUCUUCAAGGAGAGGAUUACUCGUGGGCCAGCAGUAUUUACUAUUUCGGCUACUUAGCUGCGUCUUAUGUUGCCGCGGUCUUGCUGGUUCGGUUCCCCGUUGGCAAAAUGAUUUCUACAUCGAUGUGCGUGUUCUGCUGGCUUCCUUCCGUUAUACUUUCGUGGAGAGAUGCUUACUUCAAUUCCAGUGUUGUUUGGGGUGCCGUGUUGAUGCUGACGGCAACGGUGUUCAGCAGCCAAGGUCUCAUCGCGGUCCGUUUUUUCCUCGGUGUAACUGAAGCCGCUAUUGCCCCCGGUCUCAGCAUUGUUGUUUCCAUGUGGUACAAAAGAUCCGAACAACCCUUUCGCCAUGGCAUCUGGUUCCAGGGAAUCACUAUCGCGGGGAUCUUUGGCGGGCUGGUUGCGUACGGGAUUGGUCAUGUGCAAUCGUUCGCUCCAUGGAAGGCCGUGUUUCUCAUUUUUGGCGCCAUCACUAUUGUCUGGGCUUUUAUUCUUCUCUACUGGCUUCCAGACACCCCGAUGAACGCAAGGUUUCUCGGGGAAGAUGACCGACACAAGGCCGUUUUGAGAGUCCAGGAGAAUAUGACUGGCAUCAAGAAUGAUGAAUUCAAGGUUUACCAAUUUAUUGAGGCACUUUGUGACUUGAAAUGCUGGGCCUUUGUCCUCAUCCAAAUCAGCUGCUCCAUUCCCAAUGGUGGGGUGUCCAAUUUCGGCUCGAUCAUCAUUGAAGGGUUUGGCUUCAGCACGCUGAAUACACUGCUUGUUCAGAUCAUAACCUACGUGGUCCAGGGUGUCCUCGUCUAUCUCUCUACGGCCGGUUGUUCUUGGUUUGACAACAGCCGAACGUAUUGGAUGGUAUGGAACUCGGCCCUUUCGAUUGUUGGAGCUGCUAUGGCUCGGCAGAUAUCCCCCGAUAAUGUUUGGGCUCGAUUUAUCGGGUACUGUCUGGCAGGCGCUUACGCCGUAAACUUUCCGUUGACGCUGUCAAUGUCGACGGGCAACAUUGGAGGGUUCACGAAGAAGACCACGGUGAACGCUAUGGUCUUUAUCGGAUACUGUGCCGGAAAUAUCAUUGGACCGCAUCUAUUUUUCCCUGAUGAAGAACCGUCGUAUCCAUCGGGCUUCCUAGCGAUGUUAAUAUGUUUUGUCAUCUCGCUUGUACUGUCCCUUUGUCUGAGGUACUAUCUUAUCUGGGAGAAUAAUCGUCGGGAUCGCCUUGGACAUAUGGAUAGUGGCGAUUCUUUCGAACCUCUCGAUGCUACCAUCCUUGACAAGACCGAUAAGGAGCUCUUGCAGUUUCGCUAUGUUUAUUAA